CGCGCAGCGUCUCGGCGCGUCUGACACCGCGUCUCACAGGUCAGACGCGGCCCAGACGCGCCCAGACGCGGUUUCCCGUUGUUAUAGUGUUGAGGGGGGCAUGAAAAAAGCAUGGGGCGCCCAAGUCUAAGCGUGAUCACGAACAGUCCGUGGUGUUAACAUCUUUUUCUUGUUAUAACAGAUGCGCUGUGGGUCAUUUGCUUGCUGAAGCGGGUGGCAGGGCAGGGACUUGGGCAGGGAUGGGUGUAGGUUUUGGAAGAGGAGAUGCAGCAGCAGCAGCAGCAGCAGCAGCAGCAGCAGCAGCAGCAGCAGCAGCAGCAGCAGCAGCAGCAGCAGCAGCAGCAGCAGCAGCAGCAGCAGCAGCAUACUUCCACUGUUACAGCCCAAGGAUGGGGCAGUGGGUGGAACGUCCGGCGCGGGCAUGCGCGGGGCGCGAAUGGGGUGCGAAUGGCUGACACAAAGCCGGGUUCAUCAGUGGCGACGUGCAGUCCUAAACGAGUACUAUAAUUACAGUUCGUAAACACGUUGCAGUUACGAGGAACGACUAAGCGGUGUUGGAGAGAAAAGCUGCGCGCAAUGGACUACUAUGACCUAUUGAAAACUGAAUCGUCGUGCGAGGGAGGAGAUGACAUCCCAGAUGUAGAAAUGAGCGCGGAGGAGGAUGAGCAGUGUAUCGUGUGACUGAGUGAUUUGGGUGUGGUUUUGGCGUGUGGGAACAGGGGAACGUGCCCGAGGUUGGUUGGCCCGACACGGUGUAUUGCAUGGGAGGCCAGAGUACGAGUGAUCCGAGAGAGGAUAUAGAUCGCGUCUGAGAGCGGCUAGAGCCGUCUCUCAUUCCGAUCCUAGGCGAGAUAGUCUUUGACCGUUCUAUAUGAGGGACCCGUCCUAGUGGACGUUAAACUCUUUGGCAACAUGUAAGCCGGAACGUGA